UUUAAUGUAUUUAUUAAAGUAUAUUUUAUAUACUGCCCCCUCAGUGUCCCGAAUAUAGUAACAGAGUUGCAGUUGUUUCUCACAAAUGCAGUGUUUGCCCUAGGAAAGCACUGAGGAGUUGCAGCUUCUCCAUUUUUAGAACGGUGUUUGGUUCUGCCGCCUCUCCUCGGUCCACAGCUUGCGGGCUUUCGGAGAAGCGCAGCCUCUCCUCCUCUCCCACGCCCCCACGCUCUUCAGCAGGGGCUCGCGUCCAGCGCCAGGCUGGGUUAAGGGCGGGUCGGGGUCCGCCCAGAGGAGGAGGAGGAGGAGCCGGAAGAACUACAUUUCCCAGGCUGCUGCGCGGUUCCGGACUCCAUUUCCCAGCAACGCCCGGGGCGCCCCGCCAGGACUCCAUUUCCCAGAGUUCCGCGGGAGGGCCCGACCUGGUCCCGCUCCCUCCACCUAACCCCAACGCGUGGCAGGACUCUCAGCCGGCGCCUGAAGCCGCUCUCCGGGCAGGUCAGGUAAGACGCAGGUGCAGCCAACAUGGGUGAGCCCCAGGGGUCCAUGCGGAUCCUAGUGACUGGGGGCUCUGGGCUGGUGGGCAGAGCCAUCCAGAAGGUGGUAGCAGAUGGGGCCAGGCUGCCCGGAGAGGACUGGGUGUUUGUUUCUUCCAAGGAUGCUGAUCUUACGGACGCUGCACAGACCCGAGCGCUGUUUGAAAAAGUCCGGCCCACACAUGUCAUCCAUCUUGCUGCAAUGGUGGGGGGCCUGUUCCGGAAUAUCAAAUACAAUUUGGACUUCUGGCGGAAAAACAUACACAUCAACGACAACGUGCUGCACUCGGCCUUCGAGGUGGGGGCGCAAAAGGUGGUCUCCUGCCUGUCUACCUGCAUCUUCCCCGACAAGACCAGCUACCCUAUCGAUGAGACCAUGAUUCACAACGGACCCCCGCACAGCAGCAAUUUUGGCUACUCUUACGCCAAGAGGAUGAUCGACGUGCAGAACAGGGCCUACUUCCAGCAGCACGGCUGCACCUUCACCGCUGUCAUCCCCACCAAUGUCUUCGGGCCCCAUGACAACUUCAGCAUCGAGGACGGCCACGUGCUGCCUGGCCUCAUCCACAAGGUGCAUCUGGCCAAGAGUCGCAGCUCAGCCUUGACAGUGUGGGGCACAGGGAGGCCUCGGAGGCAGUUCAUCUACUCACUGUGGGUGAGGAGGAUGAGGUGUCCAUCCAGGAGGUGGCUGAGGCUGUGGUGGAGGCCAUGGACUUCCACGGGGAGGUCACCUUUGAUACAACCAAGUCGGAUGGGCAGUUUAAGAAGACGGCCAGUAAUGGCAAGCUGCGGGCCUACCUGCCCGACUUCCGGUUCACGCCCUUCAAGCAGGCCGUGCAGGAGACCUGUGCCUGGUUCACUGACAACUACGAGCAGGCCCGGAAGUGAAGUGUGCGGCGGGAGCGGGUGCUGCCCUCUCCCCGGCGCUCAGCCAGCAGAGCCCAGCGGCGGCCACUCAGAACCUGCCGGGGCUGAGGGCACUGCCCUCGUGGCGGCCGGCCCCUGCCCCAUGCCCUCUGCCGGGGCAGACCUGGCUGACUCUCCGGUGAGGCCACCGUUCACACCGUCCUCAGGGAAGCCAAGGCCUGGCCAGGCCCAGCACCCUGCUCCCCGACGCCAGUCGCAGAGCAUGUACACUUCUGAUCCCUGGGAGCCAAUAAAGUGCGUUUCCACAGGCCUGGCCCCGGCAGCUCUGUAUCAGCCCCCCAUCUCCCCCGCCCCAGCACUGCCUCCUGAGCCUGGCCAGCCCCCAAGAGCUGCUGGGCCACGGUGGCCAACUGUCCCUGGGGUAGAAAGGCAGCAGUGGCCGGAGACACGGAGAGGUGGGUGUGUGGGCACGUGGCAGGAGAGGCUGGACUGUCAGCCGGCGGGGACAAAGGGCAGGCACCUGCGGCAGUCCCCACCGGCUGCGGCGAGAGCCGAGCCUCUCCACGCACAGCCAGGUGCAGGCCUGGGUAACCUGCACUCCCCGGGCUUCCCCCCCAUCCCCAGGACUUUGGGGAAAGAGGCUGGGUCUGGGUUUGGACAGGCUGAGCAGGUACACAGAUGGAUCUGAGGAGAGCAGUGGAGAGCAGUUCAGGCCUGGCCCCUCAUCUCCCUAGCCUUCAGGUAGCAGCUUGGGUGCUGGGGCUUGGCCUGCCCU